UAAAGCAUGUCAUGGGGACACGAGGCGUGCAGAAUUCACUCAUAGCACAUCUUUUAAUAAACUUCCUCGGUGAGGUACUUGAACAACUUGUGCCGAAGCCAAACUUGUAUAAACGCAGCUGAUGUCUGAGAGGGGGAUAGAGGCGCCCAACCCAUUUCUUUUGUGCUGAAGAGCCUGUGAUUCCAUUGAGCUUUUCCCGGGCUGCUACUAUAAUGGGCUCCCUCGCUUUGAGUCGCUCUUGUAUCGGCGACUUGUUUUUUCUGGUUGAACUAGAGCUAUCUUUUUUAGUUGGCAGUAGUUCUGAAGCUUGAGGACUGGCAGAAGAAAUUUCUCGCCGAGCAUCCGGACGGGACCCAAUGAAAAUGCACGGGAGGAACAGGUACAACCUGGUGGACGAUGUGGCGGAUUCGCGAGUCCCGCUUCACAACGAGGAAGCGUAUCAACACGGAAUACACUUCCAAGCCAAGUAUGUUGGCAGCUUGGAUGUCCCAAGACCCAACAGUCGCAUGGAGAUUGUCGCUGCUAUGAGAAGAAUUAGGUACGAGUUCAAGGCAAAGAGCGUGAAAAAGAAGAAAGUGAGCAUAGGGGUUUCUGUAGACGGGGUCAAAGUGGUGCUGCGCAAGAAACCCAAGAGGAAAGAGUGGACGUGGGAUGAGAGCAAGAUGUUGGUUAUGCACGACCCCAUAUACAGGAUCUUCUAUGUAUCCCAUGAUUCUCAGGAUCUGAAGAUAUUCAGCUACAUUGCUCGUGAUGGAUCCAGCAACUUGUUUAGAUGCAAUGUUUUCAAGUCCAAAAAGAAGAGUCAAGCCAUGCGGAUAGUGCGGACAGUCGGUCAGGCGUUUGAGGUGUGCCAUAAGCUGAGUCUGCAGCACGCUGAGCAGAAUUCAGAUGAGCAGCCAGACGGCCCUGCAGACGGCCAAAGUGAUCAGUCUGGAGAAGAGCCCAGCCCUGAAGGUCGUCAGCUGACAGGGAUGGAACAGGGAAUGGAGGAUGUCAUUGGAAUGGAGUGCCAUUCCCCAAAGCUCAGUGAGCAGGCAAUGGAUGACAUUCUUCAGAGCCUGUCAGAACUCAACAUGGUGAAACCUGGACAAACUCAUCAGUCUUUACAAGACCUGGAGGGUGUCUCUCUCUACAAGCUAUCCCCCGGCAGCCCUUGCUCUCCUACUCUCACACCUUUGGCCAGCCAUCACCACCUGCAGUUACUCCAACAACAGCUGCUACAGCAGCAACAACAAACCCAGAUCGCUGUAGCACAGGUGCAUCUCCUAAAGGAUCAGCUGGCCGCGGAGACGGCUGCCCGCAUGGAGGCGCAGGCCAGAACUCACCAGCUGCUGCUGCAGAACCGAGACUUACUGCAACAUACAUCUCUGCUGGUGAAACACCUCAGCCAACUGGAGGUCAGAGUCAGUGGAGCCACAGAGAAAGAAUCAAAUUGGAGUAGUCUGCCCUCUCGUUCUCUCUCUCUCAACCUGAAGAACCUCUACACUCCUCGCUCAGGCCAGCCCGUCACCUCCACUCCAUCAGGACAGCAAGAAAACCCUCCCGUCUCCUUCCAUGCUGAGUCCUACCUCAAUCUGCUCAAUCCAGCAAAUGCAAGGAGUGAUGCUGGAGUGGAUGCAGCGAGAAAGGAAGUUGCUAAGCUAGAAACUCGGAAUUCAACGGCACUUGAUGAGAGGUAUAAACAAAUCAUCCCUAAACUGGACCCACCUCCUCAGCCCCUGAACCGCAAGCGGUCGAACAGGACUCUCUCUCCGGGUGUAGAGGCAGAGUCAAGAUCUUCAGCGCCUGUAAAUGGGAACGUAUUCACAAACGUGAGCGGUAGCUCCUCAUUUCCUGACAUCACGCUGUGUUCUCCGGGGGAUUUCUAUUCUCACACCAACGGCAACAGUGUGUCAUGUUCAGCCAGUGAGGAUUCUGGCGUGCGCUCCAAUGACAAAUCCCUUGUAUCCCCCCAAUCCAGAGACGACCCCUCUGAUGACCAGAGCUCUGCGUUCAUCUCCACAUCCAGUACCUGCAGCAGCUUACCUGAUGAUCAUACAGCUGUGGAUGGUGGGACCACACUGCUAAGCUAUGAGCAAACCAUCCCAUUCUCUUCACCUAUGAAUGACACCUGCCUUCAUAUAAGCCUGAGUGAAGAUGAGUUUCUGGAGGACGGCACCUAUAAUGUCACCACCCCAUGCAGUUAGAGUUGGAGUCUCACACCAAAUCCGAGGGAAAUCACAAUUAUAAUGACAGAACAAAAAAAGGAGGAUUUUUUUUUUGUUUCCUAAUAUCAAAUUUUACUUUACCUACAAUGCCCUAAAAUGAUUUCAUCUCUAAGAUUUGCUAAAAGAAGAUUUAGUAUGGUACAUAGACUACUAUUGACAGAUGGAUAGUGUAUUUUUUAGACUGAAAAUAAAUAGUUAUUUUUAGCCAAUAAACAAGCAACAAAUGAAGUGCAUUGGAACUGGUGCUAUUAGUGCUGCCAAUUUGUUUGUGUUUUUUAAUAUUAUAAGUUCAGGUCCAAUGUUUUUUGUGCAAAUUGAUUUAUAUAUUGUUUGGAUGUUUACGAGCAGUUAUGUAGCAAAGAAUCUCAGAUGUUACAUAAGGCUGGUGGCUGGUGAAGGAACAUAGAAAAUGAAGAAAUUGAGGUGGAAAAAUGUAUUUUGUUGCAGGAUUCACAAACUGCCUAUUUUGUUUCAUGUUUCAAGAUGUGUAAAUGAAUAACUAAGACAGCUUAAGUGAUAGAUGAAGAAAAAAAAGACAUUUUGAAGGGCAAACCUCCUUUCUGAUUCUGAGGCUUCACCAAUCAAGGUAAAAUGAGGGAUCAUUAUCACUUUUUGCAGGUGGAAAGGCUGCAAAGGAAAAGCAAAGGGAGAGAAUAGAGGUGUUGCAUUACCAAUAGAUAAUAUUCACAUCCUAUGAAUGUGUAGAUGCUUCACAGAUCUCACUGCUUUUCUCAGUUAUCUAGUGUCAAACUGUUUUCCUUAUGAGACCUUUAAUAAACCACUAGAUCAUCUGCUUAGGAACUUAAAAACAAAACCGAGACUUAAAGCAAGUGUUUCUGAUCAUCCCCACGAGUCUGUUCAACUCUGAAUACUUUUUUUUUUUAUUGAAUCUGUAUCUCAUCUAAUUCAAAUAGAAAAGGUAUUAUACAUAUAUAUUGACUCCAGAUUAUGGUUAGCUUUAUUUUAUACAGACUGGAACACUCAAAACUUCUAUGACCUGAAACUGUGGAAUAAGCGUGCCACUUAAUGAAAAACAAACGGUUUUGUAUUGUUUCACAAUGAGACACGCACCGCACAGAGCCGUGGAUCACACAAAACUUUAAUGUAUCGGGGUGAAUGAUAAUGAAAAGAGGCAGAUUAGAGGAAGGUUGAACAGAAGGAUGAACAGUAGGGAUUUGUGUCAUUAUGAAAGCAAUGUUGAGCAGGUGCUUUUUGCUGAUAUGGGUUAGCAUGACACCUCGAGAAGCAAGGGGAAGGAAAGAGAAAGGGAAAAGAUGUUAGUAAAGGAGAUGGAAAAGAGAAAAUGAAUGGUGUUUUUAAAUGUAUUGUUCAAAUAAAUACAUUGUUAUUGCUGUUAUGGCAGAAAAAGAGAUGAAUGAAUAAAGUGGUAUUUUUGUUUUUGGA